AUGAGCACUAAAUUUGCCAAUCGGAAAAAGCCGCGCAAGAUUGGCGGGGAUGAUGAAGAUGAAGGAGGUGAACAAGAUACUGGACCCGUCGUCAAGAGACCCGUUAACUCCAAAGUGAAACAAAAAUCAAAACUACGCCUUUCGUUCGGCCCUGGCGAAACCUCUAUGGCCGAUGAUGAGGGACAGGAAAGCGAAGUUGUAGUGCCCAAACGACCUGGCUUGGGAAGACGAGCGCUCGAGAACACGACGUCCCAGUCAGGAUCGGGUAGAAACAUUCCCUUACGAGUCGGCCCCGAACAAGAUCGACCCAGUUACAACAAUGACUACCUGAAAGAACUCCGAGAUUCGACGCCCUCGACACCGAAAACCCCCGCGACCGACGAAGAGAAGGAAAGGACGGUCGAUGUUGCUGCGAAGUUCGGCGAAGUAGUGAAGGUGUCCGCGCCUGCCGCUAUCCCAAGCGAAGCGGAAAUCAGAGAAAAGAAAGCUAGAAGAGCGCGGUUAGCGAAAGAGCAUGGUGCCACCGUUACCGAACAAGAUUAUAUCUCGCUUGAAGACAACGCGGGUGAUAUUGAUUGGGAAGACGGCGCUCGGGACAGUCACAAAGAUACGAGGCUCAUCAGGGACGAUGAAGAUUUUGCCGAAGGCUUCGACGAGUUUGUGGAGGACGGUCGGAUAUCACUUGGGAAAAAGGCCGAGCGCGAACAGAAGCGAAAACAACGCGAACAGAUGAAAGAACUCAUCGACGAUGCGGAGGGAUCGUCAGAUGAAGACGACUCCGACAUCGAAGACAGGGCUGCUUAUGAAGCGACUCAAACAAGAGCUGCAAUGGGCAAGAGUGGCCGCGAUCCCAUGGAGCGACCGAAGACGCCUCCCAAGAUGACCUCGAUCCCCCGACUGUCAACCUGUCUAGAUCGUCUUCGCAUCAACCUAGCUGUUAUGGAACAGUCAAAGACUCAGAUGAUCGCUCGGAUGGAGGAGCUGAGAAAGGAGAAAGCCGACAUCGCUGUGCGCGAAGUAGAGAUCCAAGCCUUGAUCAAAGAGGCGGGUGACAAUUAUGAGAAGCUCAAACAAGAGGCUGGUCAAGCUCCUAAAGCCAUCGAAGACGGGACCGCUGCUGGUGAUGUCCAGAAUGAGCGAGGACUAGAGAGCUUCGGCAGUCCUAUGAAAGAGUCAACGCCGAAUUCAGAAAACGAUUCAUGA